AUGAGUGGUUUCGAUCUACGAUCCAGUCAAUCGUCCUAUGGCGAUCCAAGGCAUUUUUCCGGCGCCUCCUUUGGCGCUCCACAACCUCCCCCAACGAAGGGUCUCAUGGACGGAUACCAUGGCGCUCCCAACCUGAAAAAUGUGGAAACUCCGCGCUAUAAUCCAUUGAACACGACGCAUCCAAGAAGUUCGGCUUUACUCAACGGCAAUGAUCCCGUGACGAUGUAUUUAUUGACCGAAACCGCUAUGGGUGACAGUGUUCAUUAUGAGGUCCUGUCUCUGGAGGAGGUUGAAGGCCUGAAGAAAGAGUCUAAGUUCCUUUCGGGUCGCUUGGAGGCUGCCAAACGGAAACUAGCUUUGGAGACGAAACUUCGUGAUGCAGCCAUGUCUCUCAGCCGGCUAUAUAAUUCAAAGAGCUCCAGAUCGAGUGAGGAAUAUGAUGUGGGGGUUCUCCCGAAUCCAAUCGGAGUCACAGGAGCAUGUUCGGUCGCAAUGGCGCUUCAAGAAGUCUGGAACCUGGAGAGCAGAGUUCAGUUGAUUCAAAAACGAUUACUGGAGCAUACUGCCGGCGUCCUACAGAUGACACAUAAAGGGUUAAAGAAAUAUCCGAAGAACAACGUGCCCAAUACCCCUGAGAGCCUCUCCAGCCAUAACCCCCGUGGUAGCAUCGAUGACUUCGACGAUAGGAGCUUAUACAAAACGUCAGAUCAUCUAAACGAACUCAGCGGGCAUGGGCCUCAAGUGCCAGGUCCUCUGGCUCAUUUGAGUCAACCCACAGUCGGCCUCGAUACGAUUCAAAAUACCGAGAAAAAACUGGCGAUAUUAAGUGGGCAGAUGCAUGACAUGAUUCUACAGUCCAAUCCCAGCAGUGACUUCGCCCCGGUUCCACAACUCUCGGCAGAGGGUUCCAUGCUCAACCCUACUGAUACUAUUGAGGCUUACAUGGCAUACAUUGAAAACGGGCUCGGCGCACUCGCGAUUCACUCUAAUAGCACCGCCACUACUAGAAGUAUGGACAACGGGGGCGAUCAACAGCUAGCAGAGGUCAACUCUCGACUAUACCAGAUCGUGAACGAGUCGGGCUUGCCGCGCUCGCGGACCCUUCCACCACCACCUGCUAUAUCUAAUGGAAGUCAUGAGGAGCACCUUUCAUACCUGAACGAGGGGAUCGACGGUCUCCAUGAGCGCUUGGGAGGGCUGCUCGAGCAGAAGGGCAUCCUUACUACUCAAAUUCAACAACAGCGGGAGCUCAACUCCAAAUCUGACGCGGAACGCGAUGCGCAUAUUGCCGACCUGGUCGAACAGUUGUCUCGUGUGCGUAAGGAGCUUGACUUGGCUGAGCGAGAAGGGGAACAGUCCAAAGGUGUACUGGAACACACGAUGGAGCAACUAGAGGCUGCACGCCGGGAAUUGUCAGAUCACCAACACCGGGCCAUCCCAGAAGAUAAUUCGGAGGCCAUCGCAUCUGAAAAAGAAGCCCGCACACGUGCAGAUGCCGAGGUGUCUCGUCUGCAAACCGUCGUAAAAGAGCUUCAACACGAGAAAGAUGCCCUUGCCGAAGCUCAUGAGGCACGCCUUCGCGCUGAAACUGAGAUUACCCAGUUGCAAACGGUCGUGCACGAACACCAGCGGGAGAAAGAUGCACACAACGAAACCCAGGAGGCGCAUCGUCAUGCGGAAAGUGAAAUUGCUCGUUUGAAGAACGUUGUGCAAGAGCUCCAGCAUGAAAAAGAUGAUUAUGCAGAAGCCCACGAAGCGCGUCUUCCGCGAGAAAGAUGCUCACGCUGA